GUCCCACCGAACUUUGUACUCCUCCCGUGUUGAUCUCCCGUCGCCAAGAGCUUCCGUUUUCGUACUUUGAACGUGUUUUUGGUGCGACCAUGCCAGGAGAAGUUAUCGAUCGACCAAAUCCAGAGCCUUUGCCCUCAAAUUUGCCGGACUAUUUAGCCAAGUUACAAGUCGCACUUUCUCAUCAGACUUUAGAUGAGAAGACCUGCGAUGCAUUACUCAAAUUCCGCAGGGCAGCAUCUUACGUCGCAGCGGCGAUGAUUUUCCUCCAGGAAAACACUUUGAUGAAAAGAGAUCUGAAAUCUCAAGAUAUCAAGCCACGAUUGUUGGGUCACUGGGGAACAUGUCCGGGACUAAUCAUAGUCUAUUCCCAUCUCAAUUAUCUGAUUCAAACCAGGGACCUUGACAUGCUCUACGUGGUUGGCCCGGGACAUGGCGCACCCGCUCUUCUCGCAACGCUAUGGCUAGAGGGAUCUUUGGAGAAGUUCUAUCCAGAAUAUACCCGCGACGGCGAUGGUCUCCAUCGUUUGAUUUCAACCUUUAGCACCACCGAUGGAUUCCCGAGCCACAUUAACUCCGAGACUCCGGGUGCAAUCCAUGAGGGGGGAGAGCUGGGAUACGCCCUCUCCGUUUCAUUCGGUGCGGCAAUGGACAACCCCCAUCUCAUUGUGACUUGCAUAGUAGGAGACGGAGAGGCAGAAACGGGUCCAACUGCCACCUCGUGGCAUGGAAUCAAGUACAUUGACCCCAAAGAAUCUGGUGCCGUCCUUCCAAUUCUUCAUCUCAACGGCUUCAAGAUCAGCGAGCGUACCAUUUUCGGCUGCAUGGAUCACAAAGAGCUCACUGCUUUGUUCAGUGGAUACGGCUACCAAGUUCGGUUUGUAGAAGACCUCAACGAUAUCGAUACCGAUCUCCACUAUUCGAUGGCAUGGGCCGUGGAUGAGAUUCACAAAAUUCAGAAAGCAGCCCGCUCGGGGAAUCCAAUUCUCAAGCCUAGAUGGCCAAUGCUGAUUCUGCGAACACCCAAGGGCUGGUCAGGACCUAAGCAGCUUCAUGGUAAAUUUAUCGAGGGUUCCUACCAUUCACAUCAAGUGCCAUUGCCCAAGGCCAAGACUGACGGGGGGCAACUGGAAUUGCUUCAGAAAUGGCUUGCGAGCUACAAGCCCGAGGAACUUUUCACAGAGAAUGGGGAUAUCAUCGAGGAAAUCAAGUCUGUGAUUCCAGAGAACAACGAGAAAAAGCUGGGUCAGCGCAUUGAGGCAUACGACAAAUACAAGCCACCGUUUCUACCAGAUUGGAAAAUCUUUUGUGCAGACAAAGGAGCCCAGGAAAGUGCCAUGGGGGCGAUUGGUCGGUUCCUCAAGAACGUUAUCAGGGAGAAUCCCGAAACUGUGCGGCUGUUUAGUCCCGACGAACUCGAAAGCAAUAAGCUGGAGGCGGUGCUUGAAACUACCAGUCGAAACUUCCAGUGGGAUGAAUUCUCCAAUGCUCGCGGGGGCCGUGUCAUCGAGGUAUUGAGUGAACAUUUAUGCCAGGGCUUCAUGCAGGGGUACACUUUGACUGGCCGGGUGGGGAUUUUUCCGUCAUAUGAGAGCUUCCUCGGAAUAAUUCACACCAUGAUGGUGCAAUAUGCCAAGUUCAUAAAAAUGGCUCGCGAAUCCAAAUGGCACUGUGCCGUGAGCAGUUUCAAUUACAUUGAGACCAGCACCUGGGCACGGCAAGAGCAUAAUGGGUUCUCCCACCAGAAUCCAUCAUUCAUUGGAUCCGUAUUGAAGCUCAAGCCCUAUGCAGCCCGCGUGUAUCUCCCACCAGAUGCAAACACGUUCUUGACCACCUUGAAUCACUGUUUGAAGUCGAAGAACUACGUCAACCUUAUGGUAGGCGCAAAGCAGCCAACACCCGUGUAUCUGAGUCCCGAGGAAGCAGAGAGCCACUGUCGGGCCGGUGCCUCAGUCUUCAAAUUCUGCAGCACUGGCGAUGGUCUGGAUCCAGACGUGGUCCUGGUUGGUAUCGGCGUCGAAGUGAUGUUUGAGGUGAUCCAAGCCGCGGCGAUUCUGCGCGAGCGUGCACCAGCCCUGCGCCUGCGCGUGGUGAACGUGACCGAUUUGCUCAUUCUCGAGAACGCGGGCCAACAUCCGCACGCCUUGGCAGCUGAGGAAUUCGAUAAUUUGUUCACGGCCGACAAACCCAUCCACUUCAAUUACCACGGUUAUCCGAUGGAAUUGCAGGGGUUGCUAUUCGGUCGUCCGGGUCUGGAUCGUGUCUCCGUUGCUGGAUACAUGGAGGAAGGAAGUACAACAACACCCUUUGAUAUGAUGCUCGUCAAUCGUACCUCCCGCUUCCAUGUUGCGCAGUCUGCUGUUCGCGGGGCAGCAAAGCGUAAUGAGAGAAUUAGGAUUCAUCAGCAGGAGCUCAACUCCGAGUUAGGCCACAAUAUUGUCGAGACGAGGAAGUAUAUCAUCGCUAACCAUGAAGAUCCCCCCGGAUUCUAUGAUUUGCCGAAAUUCACGGUGCUGUCAGUUAAAUGAGGUUAUGCGCAUGUUGUCCAAAGUGGGUUGUUCGCAACAAAACAUCCUUGAUAGAUCUGAUUUUGAUGUCAUUCGUUUGUCAAACGCUUUACCAAUCACAAGCCUAGAAGCACGCUCGAGCCUCAUGAUGCAUAUGUCAAGUUUGUAGCGGCGAGUCGAGGAGUGUCGACUGUGUAAACGAAGAUAUGCCGGGUCUAACUUUCCAGCGGGUCUUACCGUCCUACCAGACUGGAAACUUCUGGUCCAAGGUUUACUUUCAGGCUGAUUCGAAGGAACCAGGCAUCUUAACAGUCGAGAUGAUGAUUUUGGGCCUCCCUAAAAGGGUUGCAGUCCGUGUAUUUGGAAAUUGGACGUAUGUAGAACCUACGGGUCUCAAGAGAUAUGCACGGUAGCGUUUGUCUUCUCAAGGGUGAGAAGACAAAAUUGAGGCCUGAAUUCAUAAAGGGCCAGCCAAUUUAGGCCCUCAAAUUGAAUAG